UUCUUCACUGAUGAUAGAUGUGCUCUGUAAAGUGAUAACAAAAUACCUAUAUUGAAAAAAAUUCAAGGCCACGAUAUCAAUAUAAAUAUAGCUAAAAUGGGCCAAAAUGAAAAACAACUGUCCAAAGUGAAUGUAAUUACAAUAACUGAUCGUGUUAACAGAAAAAGUGAAGUGAAAAAAGGAAAUUGUGAAAGUGAUUAUGUCGAAGAGUGUAUAGGUGCGGGUGGGUUAUGGCAAGUGUGCGUGUCUUUUGCAGCAUUAACGAGAUGUAUUGCCAUGUUCAACCUGAUGUCAGUAGUAUUUCUGACUCCAACUACAGACUUUCUGUGCGUGGAGUUUGUGGACAAUACUACUACGGCAGCUGAAAACGGAACUUGUUAUAAGAAUUGUGCUGAAUAUGUUUACCAUUCGGAGGUCAUGAAAAGUAAUUUGAUAACCGAUUUUGGAUUGAUCUGUGAAAAGCAGUGGUUGGCGAGUUUUGCGCAAACUAUUUUGAUGUUUGGUGUGGUGUUCGGAGUUUCAAUUUUUGGAUGGAUCUCGGACAGAUUUGGGCGCCGCAUCGCUAUAAUUUCCUCAACUGUUCUGAACAUAGCUUCCAUGGUACCAACCCCGUUCACCACCAACUACUGGUCGUUCAGUGGCCUACGGUUCGUUACAGGCGUCGCGUCCGGCGGAUCACUGAUAGUCGCCAUUCCGGUUAUGAUGGAAAUCGUCGGAAAUCGAUAUAGAGAGUAUGUAGGAGCAUUAUGUCUUUUCCCUGAUUGUUUCGCACAAGCUUCACUAGCACUGUACGCGUACUAUUUACCAACUUGGAAGAAUUAUUUACAUGGGCUUAGUGUGACAUCUAUUUUCAUUUUGAUAUUAGUGUGCUUUGUGCCGGAAUCACCGCGAUGGUUAAUAUCUCAUGGCAAAGUCGACAAAGCUGUGGAAAUAAUGUUUGGAGCUGCUAAAGUCAACAAACUGAGUACUGAACAUAUCAAAGACACAGUAACGAAAAGUAUGGAAAACUUGAAAAUCGACGAAAACAAGACGGUGAAUGCAUCUUAUUUGGACUUUUUCAAGGACAAAAGGACGAUAAUUAUAACCAUGUCGACAUUUGUGAUAUGGUUUGUUACUGGUGUUACUUAUUAUGGUAUAUACCAGUAUAUAACAUUUAUCGGAUCUAAUGUUUAUGUAACAGUUGUCAUAUUGGGAUUGAUUCAGGUGCCAUUAUUCCCCAUACAAAUCGCGUUGACAAAAUUGCUGAGCCGAAAAACAGCACUCUGCGGGUUCCUCUUAACGACCGGAGUAAUGAUGACUGGGCUGAUCUUCACACCUACAGGCCAUUGGUCCACCACUUGCCUAGGAGUCAUAGGCUUCACCGCAAGCUCCGCGACCUAUGCGGUAACCUAUAUGUACCAAGCAGAGCUAUUUCCUACCCCUUUAAGGAAUAUGUCGUUUGGUAUAGUCUCUGCUGCUGGUAAGGUAGGGUCCAUGGCAGCGCCAUUUAUAGCGAAACUGUCCCCUAUUUGGGUCCCUUCGUUGAUAUUUUCUGUUCUGUCCCUGGUUGCUGUCGGGUUUUGCUUGUUACUCCCUGAAACUAAGGGGAAAAAUUUGAAGGAUACUAUUGAUUAAUUAAUUAUA